CUUUUGUGACGUACCGUUUCGUCAUUGGUCAACUACCACAUGCGGGGAGAACACUUCCUGCAACUAUCGGAAGCAAGUGGCUUCAGCAAACAGCGUUGAAGGAUGUUAUGGUCGAACAGUUGUAUGAGUCUGAAGUCAUUGCUAUCCGUUAGAUGUUGGGCAGAAUAAUUAGCCCGCUGUUGAUCAGAAGACCACAUCUUAUUUGGACACGUAACCUCCUCACCAUGAAGUUGAAGACCUGUGAAUUCCAGUCCUUGUUGUCAGAAGGAUUGAACGCUGUAGCAGGUCUAUUUGAAAAGCACCAGUUUGAGUUGAGAAUUGCAGGGGGUGCUGUCCGCGACCUGCUAUCGGGCAAGCGCCCAGAGGAUGUGGACUUUGCCACAACGGCCACUCCGGAGGAGAUGAAGCGCAUGUUCCAGGCGGCAGGGAUCAGGAUGAUCAAUAACAAAGGGGAGAAACACGGGACCAUCACUGCCCGACUUCACAACGAGAACUUUGAGGUGACCACUCUCCGAGUGGAUGUGCAGACGGACGGACGGCACGCCGAGGUGGAGUUCACCAAGGACUGGGAGAAGGACGCAGAGCGCAGAGACCUCACCAUCAACUCCAUGUUCUUAGGGUUAGAUGGAACCCUAUACGAUUAUUACAAUGGAUAUGAAGACCUGCAGAACCGCAAAGUCCGGUUUGUGGGCAGCGCUGAACAGAGGAUCCAGGAGGACUACCUGAGGAUCCUACGCUACUUCAGGUUCUAUGGCCGGGUGGUUCCCGAGCCCGGGGACCACGAGCCUGAGACCCUGGACGCCAUCAGGGACAACGCCUCUGGCCUGGCGGGCAUCUCCGGGGAGAGGAUCUGGGUGGAGCUGAAGAAGAUGGUGGUGGGCAACCAUGCCGGUCACCUGCUGGAGCUCAUGUAUGACCUGGGCCUGGUCCAGUACAUGGGUUUACCACCAGAUGGCGACAUUGAGGAGAUGAAACGCGUGUGGCAGAACGCCAAGGAUUCUUCCCCCAAGCCCAUGACUGUCUUGGCCGCGUUCUUCCACCGGCCAGAGGAGGUGGACAAGAUGGACCUAAGGCUCAAGGUGUCCAAAGAGGAGAAGACUCUGGCUCAGUUCCUUGUAAAACACAGACGAGAACUGCACAAGUGUCCGGACAACCCAGACAGCCUCACCCCCUUCACAGACUUCAUCAUCGAUAGCCGCGAGUUGGACUCCAAGCUCAAGGUGUGCGAGCUGCUCAAGUACCAGGGCGAGGCCCGGCUGCUGGCGGAGCUCACGGACUGGUCCACCCCACGCUUCCCUGUCAGCGGCCACGACCUGAGGAGGCUGGGCGUCACCUCGGGCAAGGAGAUCGGCAGCACCCUCCAGGAGCUCCGCGACGUGUGGAAGAGAAGCCGCUACCAGAUGGACAAAGAGGAGCUGCUGAGCCACGUCCAUCACUGAGCCACCGUCGACGGGCCCUUCAGCGAGGCGGCGGGGGCGUCUGUCCAUGAUGGCCACGUGUGGGACUGCGUGAGGCGGGGGGGAUUGAACUAGGUGGCAGCUGUGGGGGGAAGGGGGGGGGGGUUGCGAAUGAGCUUGUGUGUGUGUGGACCAUCAUGUGGAUAUUCUCAACACACACACACACACACACACACACACACACACACACACACACACACACACACACCCCAACAUCAAACCCUCCCCCCCCCCCCCCCCCCCCCAUGGAUGAAGACAAUCUAUACUGGGUUAGGGUGCAACCACUGCUGUUCCAAAUCAACCACCUCAUUGGCCCAGAGAUGUUUUAAAAAAAUAUGAGCACAUUCAAAGGGCGAUUUGCUGCCAGCCUCACAGCUGCGACCAUUUUAGGAAAGUUUGUUAAUGGCAAAAGCAAUAGAUUGGGCCCAUCUGUGUUAUUGCAGAUCCAUUUUUGUUUAUUUAUUUAUGGUUCACAAAAAAUAAUUUGGAGAGAUGUGAUGGGCUGAAGAUGAUGACCCUUGUACCAGUCCUAAUUACUUUCUUUUUUGUUAUGAUACUAUACCGCUAUUUUCAUAGUUGUUUUGAGUUAUGGAUUGGCUGGAAUACAAAAUGCUAUAUCACUACAUUCACUUGGUCCAAUAAUUAAACACAUAAACAAA